GGUUUCUGUUUCUUGCGUAUGCUGCCACUGUUAACCCAUUGCCCGCUGCUCCGAGAACGAUCACUAAGAACCCAACCAGGAUUCCUAUGUGUCUCCAUGGACCUGGGGGUAAAGACGGCAAUCCAACAUGUCAUAAUUCACUACGUUUACCUCCAACACCACGGGUGAUUAUGAUGUCAUCAAGUGACGGAAACAAACUCCAAGUUAACGGGGAAGAUGAUCGUGGAAGCUUACGUAGCAGCGGGGGCGACUUCAUCCUACAACUACAACAAGAUCUUGAAUCAUUAAGACGUGAGAUUGAUAUCAAGGAGAGCAAACUCCAAUCCAACAUGAACAGCAUCAAAACAUUCUGGAGUCCAGAGUUGAAGAAGGAGAGAGCUCUGAGAAAAGAAGAAAGGAAUCAGAUUGUUACUUUAAAGGAACAACUUAAAGUUACACAAGAAGAGAAUCAGCACCUCCAUUUAACCACCCAAGCGUUACAAGACGAACUACGUGCACAGCGCGACCUCAACCAACUUCUCCACGAGGAUUUCGUGACCUCGCCGUCAGAUGGGGGCGAUAAGGAGUCUACAAGAAUAAUGCAAGACAAUUAUGACCGAUUAUUACGCGAGAACGAGUUGUUACAAUCCACGAUGGAGGAACUGGAGUCGAGGAUUGAAGCGCAACGACAAACAUUGGGGACGAGGGAUGAAUCGGUUCGCAAGUUGUUGGAGAUGUUGCAGUGUAAGGGUUUACCGAAAUCUGAUGACGAAGGGUUAAACGUGGAGGUGGAUUCAAUGAAGGCUCAGAUCAUCGGGUACCAAAGUAGACUCGGUCACAUGGAGAGCUUGCUGCAUGAUAAGAAUAUAGAAGUGCAGCAGUACAAGAACCGUUGUUUGGAUGGCAACGAGGAAACUUCGACGAUUCACAAAGUUAUCGACGCGAAGGAAGCAAAGAUAUCGUCCUUAGAACGAAUGAACCGUGAAGUGGAGCUCGAACUUGAAUCGACGAAACACGAAGCCGACAUCAUCAUGACUCAGCACAGGGAAGAUGUGAAGCAACUGGAAGCGGUGAAGAGUCAUUCGGACUUCAUGAAGAAUAAGGUUGACCAAUUAAAAUCUGAUGUCCAGAAGAAAGAGACGGAGAUAGUAACGUUGCAAACGAGGUUGGAUACGUUGAACAACCAACAAUCAGAUAACCGUCAACACAUUGACGUGCUGAAAGAAUCGUUGAAUGCUAAGGAUCAACGAGCGUCUGUGUUGCAAUCGGAGGUUGACUCAUUGCGCAAUCGCCUGGAUGAAAAACAACGAAUCCUGGACGAGAAACAAGAUUAUCUCUUGCGCCUCCAAGAGGAUAAAAGUUGCGACGCGUCGGAGUUGUCACAUUUACGCGACACCCUGGACGUUAAGGAUCGUAAAAUCUUGGUCCUCCAUAAAAAGAUUGAGAGUUUAUCGGAAGUUGUUCGAGAGCGCGACGGAAUGUUGGAGGAGAAGAAACGAGCGUUGGUUGCGUUGGAGGAAGACUCUUGUACGAGCGAUUCAGCGUUGACGACGAUGGAAGAAGCACUCGCUGAUAAGGACAAAAUCGUUGAAGCGUUACAACACGAAAUAUCGUUGCUACGACAACAGUUACGAGAUGAAUCAGCAGAUUUGAAUCAACAAUUGAAAAACGCUGAGCAACAAUUGGAUUGUUCGCGUCGUGAUGUCACAGAGAGAGAGACCUCGAUAAGCGAACUACAAGAACAAGCGACCUCCCUCGCUUCCUCGAUCGUGAAGAAAGAUUCGUUCAUCAAACAACUCGAGAUCAACAUCCAGAAACACACGGAGGAUUUCAACAGGCUGCAGAAUCAACAUAAGAAGGCCCAACAACAAGCGAUGACGGAAACCACGAAGGAAGAAUUUAAUUUGAAGAUUCGUAAUUUGGAGAUUGAGGUUCAGUCGAAAGUGGACGAGGCAUCACGUUGCCAAGGAGAUCUCGACAGGCUGUUGGGAAUCCUCAAAGAAACCGAAAACGAAAAACACUCAAAAGAUGAAAAAAUAUCGGCCAUGGAAAAGAAACAUAAGGAACAAACCAUGAAGAUCAAAUCUUUACAAACAGAGAUGAUUGAAGAAGCACGAAGGAAAGGAGCCGCACAAGAUCGGGAUGUCGCAAAGUAUUUGAGCGAAAUGCAAACGAAAGACGAGCGAGUAGAGGAGUUGGAAGAAGCUUUGCGUGAGAGCGUUAGUAUCACUGCUGAGAGGGAGGUCGUGUUGGCGGGGGUGGAGGAGGGGCGGAGGGUGGCCGAGAACCAGCUUGCUGAGCUGGUUGCUGAGUUUACGAAGACGAAACAAGUCCUCGAGGAAACGGGGAUGAGAGUCGCGAGUAUGGAAGUCAUGGUGGAAAGUAAAGAUCGGAUGUUGGAGAAGUUGAGAGGGGAGAGGAGGAAGCAGAUGGAGGAGGCUCUCGAGAUGAAACAGGAAGCGUUAUUGGCAGCGAUCAGCGAGAAGGAUUCGAACAUAGCGUUGUUGGAGUUAUCGCAACCACGUAAGAAAUCGAACGCGGAUGAAGUUUGUUUGUUAAGGAGGGAGAAGGAUGCGUUGGUACAACAACUUAAACAACAGACGCAGAACCGGUUAAAGUUGAUGCAGGAAGAUUCCGAUAUUGCCAGUGAUGCCAAACGCAGUGAUGCCAAACGUAAAACAAGGAAUAAGGAGGAGGAUGGGAUUUGGGCGUGAAGGAGAUAUCAUAUUAGGGAAACCCCCCACUUCCAUAUACUGCAGUGUUUAUAGAAAUAACAUUAAGUGUUAUUAUCGCUUGGUGCUCUCUGUUUCUCUCGUGUGGUGGCUCUGUUGCUCACCUAGUGGCCACAAAUCUGCACUCUUUUUAUUUUUAACAUUGCUUUAAUAAUAACAUUUACAUGAUAA